AUGGCAAAAGUUGCUAUGCUCUGUUUGUUUUUCGCUCUCUCCCUUUCGUUUGCUCCCGCUGGAGCAGAGAAUGAUCUUUAUUCAAAUGAAGACUGUCCUCUGGCAAAUGGGCUUUCAUGGAGCUUUCAUGAGAGCACCUGUCCCAACUUGGAAUCAAUUGUCAAGAAAUGCAUCAAAUUUCAUCUAAAGAAGGAUAUUACUCAAGUUGCUGGGUUGCUUCAUCUUCACUUUCAUGACUGUUUUGUUCAGGGUUGUGAUGCUUCUGUUCUGUUGGAUGGCUCUGCAUGUGGACCGAGUGAACGAGACUUCCCUCCAAAUAAAUCGUUGUGGGCGAAAGCAUUUGAAAUAAUAAAUGACAUUAAAGAGCAUGUUGACAAGGCCUGCAAUGUCGUCGUGUCCUGCGCAGAUAUUACUGCCCUAGCGGCUCGCGAUUCGGUCGCAGAGGUUGUAGGGCCAAAAUACAAAGUGCCUCUAGGGCGGAGGGAUAGCUUGAAUUUUGCAAGUCGAGAUGCAACACUUGCAAACCUUCCACCUCCAACCUGCAAUGCCUCAGCCCUCAUUGAUGCUCUUGCUGCAAAAGUCCUUGAUGUCAUUGACCUUGUGGCUCUUUCAGGUGGGCACACCAUAGGAAUGGGGCAUUGUGCAUCAUUUGAGGAACGAUUAUACCCCACGCAAGAUAGCAUUCUUUCUAGGGUCUUCACCAAAAACUUGAAAGCCACCUGUCCAACCACAAAUGUCACUAACACUACUGUAUUAAACAUUCGGUCGCCGAACUUAUUCGACAAUAAGUAUUAUGUGAAUCUCAUGAAUCGAGAAGGCCUCUUCACCUCUGAUCAAGAUCUUUACACAGACUCUCGCACCCAACAAAUUGUCACAGACUUUGCCCUCGACCAAGAUCUCUUCUUUGAGAAAUUUGCUUUGGCCAUGGCCAAAAUGGGUCAACUAAGUGUAGUGACAGGCACCAAAGGAGAAAUUAGAACCAAUUGUUCUGCACAAAAUCCAACUCCUUCCAUCACUAUUGUGGUGGAAGAUGAUAUAGAUUUUGCAGAGCUUUAA